CUCCUGCCACACCAACUGUACUCCAGAACUUUGAACCCAAACACGCUCACAACUCAGAUUCACCGUCUUGGCUGAGAAAUGGACCUGCUUCACGAGCUUUUAAAAGGCUAAAACAAAGACUGACCAGCACCUGAACAGAGAUGAAUGCAGCAGCUCUGCCCCUAGUAAUCCAAGCAGGAAAUGGAAGGCUAUUAACCAGAGCAGAGUUUCUGUCCAUGGUGAACACUUACAACUGCUUCCUAAAAGAGCAGACKCAGCUCCAUCUCGCUUAUUCUCAGGGUGCAGAUGGGAGGGUUAUAGUGGAAGGUUUACUGAAUAUAUCCUGGGGCGUGAGGAGACCAAUCAGGCUGAAAAUGCAAGACGACAAACAGAAUCUUCCCUUUUUGCCGAUGGCUGCGCCUGAUCCAGCCAGUCCAGUCAGCCCACUUGGUAGCAAGAGUAGCAUGUCACGAUGGGGAGAAUAUAAUGAUCUUCACCAGAUCGACGAGUUGGCAGAAACAGAUGCGGCACAUGAAAUAGUAGUUAAAGAUCCUCUACCAGRCCCUCCGGUUUAUGAGUCUGCAACGCUGCGUCCCACGAGGCACAAGAAUCCCGAGCUGGAGGUUGAGUCCAACCUGUUUCGCUGUAUGAGUGACGCCUCGUUGGUUAAGAGGAGGAGAGGAAGGGGAAAGUCGGCAGCACAGCGAGAGCAAGAAAGACAACAUCGCUUUUCCAUCAACGGCCACUUCUAUAACUACAAAACCUCUAUAUUCACCCCAACAUUUGGUACUUCAACUAAAGUUCACACCUCUAGCAAGAUGACAACAGACCAAGUCAUAGAACAGCUGCUGAACAAGUUCAAGAUAGAAAAUGACCCCCAGGAGUUUGCUUUGUACUCUAUUCACCGAAGUGGAGAAAAGAAAAAGCUGUGUAACAGAGAUUACCCGCUGUGGGAGCGCAUCCUGCAGGGCCCCUCUGAUGACAUCAUGAAGAUCUUUCUGAUGGAYAUGCAUGAAGAGGAAGUCAGCAAUGACGUUGCUCAGUAUCUGAACUUGGAGCUACCAAUCUUGGAACAGGUUCUAUUCAAACUCAGAGAGGAGGAAAACAGGGAGAUUCAAAGGGUCAUCAACAAGUACCACCACCAUCACAGACUUCUGUCUCAUAUGCUGAACCAUAAGACGACACCUCACAUUGAGACCAGUGUCUGACAACUGCUGAACAUUUUUUUUUACAAAAAAGAUACAGCAAGGAUACAUAUGUAUAAGUCAGGUUUUUAUUUUAUUUUUUGUUGUUGUUUUUUUUUGUUUUGUUUUGUUUUUUUCUUACAAACUGCAUUUUAACUAAUUAUGAUUUGUCACUGUUUGAAUCGUGACAAAACAAAGAUUGACAAGCUAUUACAAAGAAACUCAGCAAAAUACCUGGUGCUCCUUUACAUCCUACAAAAUUAAUCUGUUAUAAAGUUUACAUCGACCUGUUGAUAGUUUUGUUUGUGUACAAAAUGCAUAAUGCAAUGUUGCCAAUAAAUGUGUGGGUUUUUGAA